GAAAGUUUGGGAAGUUUCACACGAGCCGUUCGCGUGCAGCGCAGCCUAUAAAUAGGCGCCGCCGGGCGGGGAGGCGGCCGGGAUUGCGCCGCGCAGGGAGGCAGCAGCAGCAGCAGCAGACGACGGAGAGCGCGCGCCAGGCAGCCGCCGCCUGUGACCCGCCCCGUCCCUCCGGGCUGCUCCACCGCGCGCGCCCGCCCGUCCGCCUGCCUGGCCGUGCGCGUCCCGGUUGCCAGGGCGGCUUGGGAAGCAGACGCCGCAGCUCCGGCUCCUUUGGACUCGCCACCGCCCGGAGAGCCGCUCGCCUGGCACCCUCGACGGCGCCUUCUUCCCACGACUCGAGGGGUUCGCGGCGGCGUUGGCGGCUUUCCCCGCCGGGCUUCUCUGGGGGCCAGGAUGCCCGCCGACCUGAUGGAGAAGAGUUCCUCGUCGCCCGUGGCCGCCACCCCGGCCAGCAUCCACGCCACGCCCGACAAGCCCCGCACGGCCUCGGACCACCGGAAGGUAACAGCCGGCGGGGCGUCGGGGGGCCGCUCUUCUCCGCUCCCCUCCCCGUCCCCCCCCUUCCUUCCUGCGGGUCUGACGGGCGCUUGUCUCUUGCAGUCGUCCAAGCCCAUCAUGGAGAAGCGGCGGCGCGCGCGGAUCAACGAGAGCCUCGGGCAGCUCAAGACACUCAUCUUGGACGCGCUCAAGAAGGACAGCUCCCGGCACUCCAAGCUGGAGAAAGCGGACAUAUUAGAAAUGACAGUCAAGCAUUUGAGAAACCUGCAGCGAGCGCAGAUGACGGCCGCGCUGAAUACAGACCCCACUGUCCUGGGUAAAUACCGGGCCGGAUUCAACGAGUGCAUGAACGAGGUGACCCGCUUCCUCUCCACCUGCGAGGGGGUGAACGCCGAGGUGCGAACCCGACUGCUGGGACACCUGGCCAGCUGCAUGAGCCAGAUCAACGCCAUGAACUAUCCUGCCCCUCAGCCGUCCUCUGCUGCCCUGCCGCUGCCACCCCACCCCGCGGCCCCUGGGGGCCAGCACGGCCCCUCUUUCGGGCAGCCCCUGGUGCAGAUCCCAGCGGGCGCGGUGCCCCCUGCCGCCAGCGUCGUGCCGUGCAAGCUGGGCAGCCCGGCCGGGGAAAGCACCAAGGUGUACGGAGGCUUCCAGCUGGUGCCAGCCUCCGACGGGCAGUUCGCCUUCCUCAUCCCCAGCACGGCCUUUGGGCCCCCGCACAGCAACGCCGUCAUCCCCCUCUACGCUGACGGGGGCAUGGGCUCCGCGUUGCCCCCCGCUGCCUCGGUCUCUCCUGCGUCUGGCGCCCCAUCGCUUUCGGCAGAUUCGGUGUGGAGGCCUUGGUGAAAGCAGGCGAGGGGCUGGCGGCCCACCCACCCUUCGGCCUCUGGACUUUGGGUCAGGACUUGGAGUGCCCCCACCCCUGUGGCCAGGGCUCUGGGUUCUCUUCCUCCGAGGGAGCCAGCGACCUUCUGGUUCUCUGGCUGUAAAUAGCUGUCUACUGUUCAUAUUGGAUUGUGCCUUCAUUUGUACCAUAGCAAAUGCUCUCCUCUCCCUUUUCUUUUCCGUGGCUUUUCACGUGGCCUGUGCAAGUGUGCACACGCUUGUGAAAGAGUCCACAUUUCUGAGUCCACCUCUCCCCCCCCCCUUUCUGGCUUUGUCUCUGCCCAACUCCUUUUAUUUUCAGUGACACCAAAGACCUGUUUGUUCUUAACAACGAGGAAAGCCUUUCCUUCCUUUUGGAAGUUAUUUGAUAAAAAUAAAAGAGACAUUUAGCAUUG